AUGGCGAGUUUAGCAGAGACAUUUGUAGAAGCCAGAAAAGGAGCAGUCCACAGCAUAAAACAGGAAGAAAGAGACCGGAGACAGUAUGUAGGAGGAGAAAGAGGACGAAUACCGGGUAAGAACUUUUCAAACAACUAUAAUUCACACUCUAAUUCACACAGAUGUAGUGAAUCUCAUCGGCCAUGGGCACCCAAGUGUUUUGUUUGUGAUAAAAAGGGUCAUAUAGCCAGAGAAUGUCCAAAUAGGAACAAAUCGACAAGAGAGAUACGUGAUAAAGAGGUUAUUGCAUGUAUGGUUUCAAUGAAGAAAAACAGAUUAGUGGAAAGAGACGAUAGCAAUAUGAAUGUGUUUGUAGGGACAAACUUAGGAAAAGAUACUACCAUCAUUAGAGAUACAGGAUGUUCCACAGUAGUGAUCAGGAAGUGUUUAGUACCUGAGAAUGACAUGACAGGAGAGAUAGGUAGUUAUGUGACUUUAGAUGGCGAGGUGAAAGAAGCCCCAUGGUGUGAGACUUACAUCAAAACGCCUUAUUACACAGGGAAAGUCAGAGCUAUGGUUUUAGAUAAUCCCAUAUAUGAUAUUGUCAUUGGAAACGUGAUAGGAGCUAAAGAUGCCACGAACAGAGAUAUAGCACAGACAAUAGGAAUCAUGGAGACAAGAGCCCAAGUAAAGAGGAGAAAUCAGAAAAUGCAGCCAUUGAUUACACCAACAAUACAGAUUGAAGGAGUGAAUCCUGAACAGAUCCGAUCUGAGCAGCGAAAAGAUGAAGGUUUGGAAAAAUUAUUUAAAUUAGCAGAAGCAGGGGAAGAAACGCUAAAAGGGAGAAACUUUUCAAAAUUUGUAAUUGAAAAUGAAUUGCUUAAAAGAAAGUCGCAGUCACCUAAUGUUGAACAUGGAAAGUUAUUUGAUCAACUUGUAGUACCAACGAAGUUAAGAGUCAAAGUGAUGAGAAUUGCUCAAGAAACAGUCUUGGCAGGACAUAUGGCUACACAGAAAACGAUCAAUAGGGUACAACGUCAUUUUUAUUGGCCUGGAUUACAAGGGGAUAUUCGCAGGUUUUGCCAGUCAUGCGAUGUUUGCCAAAGAACAAUUCCUAAAGGUAGAGUAGGGAAAGCUUUAUUAGGAAAGAUGCCAGUUAUUGAUGUGCCAUUUGAAAGAGUAGCAGUAGAUUUAGUAGGACCCAUAGAUCCGAUGACUGACAAAAAGAACAGAUAUAUUUUGGUUGUUGUGGAUUUUGCAACUAGGUAUCCUGAAGCAGUGGCUUUGAAGAAUAUUGACACCAGAACAGUAGCGGAGGCAUUAUUGGGAGUGUUUGGAAGAGUUGGAAUGCCAAAAGAGAUUCUUACUGACCGAGGAACUCAAUUUACAUCAGACAUGAUGAAGGAGGUAUGUAGAUUGUUAUCUAUGAAGCAAUUAACAACCACUCCUUAUCACCCCAUGUGUAACGGCCUGUUGAGAGAUUUAACGGGACAUUAA